AUGGGCUCAGCCAAAUUCAAGAAGCUGGUGGAUGCCUACAAGUGGGAUGAGGCUAUGGAGGUUUGCAUUGCCCAGUGUGAGAAGAAGGCGGACAUUCUCGACUUCAACUUCGACUCGGACCUCAUCGACGGGCAAUCGGCCAUGAGCAAGUUCAUGAGGCUCUGCGUCACAGACAUUAUCUUCGAUUGCAACGUGCUGACCAUCGCCACUGGACUGCCGGAGCACAACUCCUACGCCGUCGACUUCAUCAAUGCCGUGGCGGAGAUCAAGCGCACCUGCCCAUGCGUCUCCUUCUCUGGAGGCUUGAGCAACCUGUCUUUCUCCUUCCGCGGCCUGAACUCAUUGCGGGAUGCCAUGCACAGCGUGUUCCUCUACCACGCAGUGCCCAAGGGUCUGAACAUGUCCAUCGUGAACCCAGGAGGCCUUCCCCGCUACACGGACAUCGACGAGAACACACGCAAGCUGGCGGAAGAGGUGAUCCUGAACCAGUCUGCAGAUGGCAAGCAUGUCGAGCGCUUCCUGGAGUACGCCGAGGCAGUCCGCAAGCCUGCCCCGGCUGCGGGUGGUGCUGCGGGUGGCGCUCCCGCCAAGGAUGCCUGGCGAAGCGGCACAUUCACAGAGCGUCUGCACUACGGGCUGAUCAACGGUAUCGACAAGUUCAUUGAGGGGGAUACCGAGGAGGCCCGGGCAGAAUUGCAAAUCCCGCUGCGUGUCAUCGAGGGGCCGUUGAUGGAAGGCAUGGGCAUCAUCGGCGACCUUUUCGGAUCCGGAAAGAUGUUCUUGCCGCAGGUCAUCAAGAGCGCACGAGUCAUGAAGAAGGCCGUGGCGUACCUGACCCCCUUCAUGGAAGAGGAAAGGCGUGCAGCCGCCCUCGCUGCCGGCGAGGACCCUGAUCAGCCCAAGUACAACGGCGUUGUGCUGAUGGCAACGGUGAAGGGAGAUGUGCACGACAUUGGCAAGAACAUCGUGGGAGUUGUCCUGGGCUGCAACAACUUCAAGGUGAUCGACAUGGGCGUGAUGGUGCCCUGCGAAAAUAUCCUGGAGAAGGCCGUCCAGGAGAAGGUGGAUGUCGUCGGACUUUCCGGGCUCAUCACACCUUCCUUGGACGAGAUGGUUUACGUUGCUGUCCGAGCAGAUGAAGGCUCGCGGUAUGAAGGUGCCGUUGAUGAUCGGUGGCGCCACCACAUCGAAGCGGCACACGGUGGGGUCCUGGAUGCGAGCAGAAGCUGCACCGUGGUCAGCGCGCUGAUGUCCGGAGACAAGCAGACAUAUCUGGACGAGAUCAAGGAGGAAUACGCCGAAAUCAGGGAGGAAUACUACGCGACUUUGAUCGACAAGAAGUGGAAGUCGCUGAAGGAGGCGCAGUCCAAGAAGCCUCAGCUGGACUGGGGCAAGCUGCCACCGAAGCCGAAGUUCGUUGGCAACUUGUGCAUCAAGGACCACCCCAUCGAUGAAAUCAUGGAGUACAUCGACUGGACGCCCUUCUUCCAGGUGUACCAACUUCGCGGCAAGUACCCCAAUCGCGACUACCCUCACAUCUUCAAGGAUGAGCGCGUGGGCCCUGAAGCGAAGAAGCUCUUUCAAGAGGCGAAGGACAUGUUGGCCUGGAUUGUCAAAGAGGGCUUGCUGAAGUGCUCAGGCGUCGUGGGAAUCCAUCCGGCCAAUGCGGUCGGUGAUGACAUCGAGGUCUACACGAGCGAGGACCGUGACACCGUGAAGUGCAAGUUCUACGGGCUGCGCCAGCAGUUGGACAUGGGCGAGUCCACAUACUGGUGCCAGGGUGACUUCAUUGCCCCGAAGGGCUACUCCGACUACAUCUCCGCUUUUGCCUGCACGGGCGGCAUCGGAUGCCACGAGCAACGCCAGAAGUUCGAGGAGAAGGGCGAGAUCGAUCAGGCAAUCCUCCUGGAGGCCGUGGCAGACCGGCUUGCGGAGGCCUUCGCCGAGCUGAUCCACCUGAAGAUCCGAACCACGCUGUGGGGCUUUUCGCCUGAUGAGAAGCUGUCCUUGGAGGACAUGCUGAAGGUGAAAUACCAGGGCAUUCGCCCUGCGCCGGGUUAUCCUUCCCAGCCCGACCACAGAGAGAAGAAGACGCUGUGGGACCUUCUGGAGGUGGACAGGCUGACGGAUGAGAAGCUGUCCCUGACCGAGUCCUACAUGAUGAUGCCAAGCGCCUCUGUGUCGGCUCUGGUCUUCGCACACCCGGAGGCCAAAUACUUCUCGGUUGGCCAGGUCAACGUUGAUCAGGUGCAGCCUGGACCUUGGCGCGGCUGA